AGUCACUAUUUUGUGUAUGACGGUUUCUUAUAGCUGGCUGGUAUUUUUACAGGGCAUUCGAUACCAGUCCAGAUACCUUACUGAAGAGCUGAAGAAGAUUUUCACUGAAGACACUGAUUCUGAAACUGAUGCAUUUGAAGGCUUUGCUUCUAGUGGGGAGGAUGUGAAGAGGAAAGCAGUUCCAGUAAAGGCAGCGAUGGUGUCAGACUUGAGUGAUGAAGAACAUGGUAAUUUAUUGGGUACUGAAGGAGAAGAGGAGGAAGAGGCAAAGAAGAAAGUAUCUCUCAAAAGAAGAAGCGUUGGUCUUCGUGUUGCCUUGCAGUUUCCAACCAGGAAGUCUUCUGAGAAAAAAGUGCCUGAACAAGCUUUUCCUAAGCUACCAUUAAAGGACAGUAAACCCUCCACUGCUCUUUCAAAAGAAAGAAAUUGCAAGCGAUGGGACAAACUAGAGGGCUCUGCUUCAGAAUCUGAAGAAGACAUGAAAGAAACACAAGAAGAAAAUUCCAGUGCUCUCCUUAAAAGAGAUAUGAAUAUUAAAGAAAAUAAAGCCAUGCUUGCCCAGUUACUAGCAGAACUGAAUUCCAAUCCUGACCUUUUCCCAGUGCAGACACCUGCCUCAACUCCUUCGAAGAAAAUACCAAGGAGGACGUUUUCUGAAGGCCAGAUAACACGUCGCAUGAACCCAACCAGAAAUGCUCGUCCACCUGAGAAAUUUGCCUUGGAAAAAUUUACCACGUCGGCUGUCAGAUUUGCAGAACACUUGCAAAGCUAUAAACAAGAAAACCUCUUGAAGAGGAGCCUGAGUGGGAAUUGUGGCGUGCGCAAAAGGAGGGGAUCAUCAAAGUAUUCAUCUUAGUGUCCAGUGGAGGAUAUUACUGAGGAUGACUUGGACAACAUUGCAAUCACUGUUAAAGACAAAAUCUAUGACAAAGUUCUAGGCACUACUUGCCACCAGUGUCGACGAAAGACAAUUGAUACAAAGACCAUCUGUCACAACAAGGGCUGUGGAGGUGUGAGGGGGCAAUUUUGUGGACCGUGUCUUCGAAACAGAUAUGGGGAAGAUGUGAAAUCAGCACUGCUUGAUCCAGUCUGGAUCUGUCCUCCUUGUCGCAGUGUGUGUAACUGCAGUUACUGCCGCAAGCGUGAUGGUCGCUGUGCCACAGGGAUGCUCAUCCAUUUGGCCAAGUUCUACGGCUAUGACAACAUGAAAGAAUACCUGGAAAGUUUACAAAAACAACUGGUAGAAGGCAAUUGAGAGCACUGAACUCAAGCUGUGUCUGCAACUGUUUAAUAUGUUGACAAGUUUUGACUUCAAAAGUUUAUUACUGUGUUUUAUAUAAGAUGGAAUUUUAGAGUUUAGUGAAUACAUUUCAAUGUGUGAAAUUUUUUAAUUAAUGUGGUCUUAUGCGGUCUUAUCUCUCAGGAAAAUGUUUUGGUAGAGAAAUCUACAUGCACAGACCUACACAUUAAGUGGAAUGGCACUCUUCAACCUUAGAGUGGUUAAUUUCUAACAGGACUAGACAACUACAUGAUGGAGAACUUUGUUAAUUUGAGCAAUAUUUUUACUUACGCAAUUGUGUGAAGUUUCA